AUGGCUAUGAAGUCUGUUUUCAUCACCAUGGGUAACACUAGUUUUGACGAGUUCAUAACCUGUACGUCUUCCAGGGCUACCUUCCAGGUACUCAGGAGACUUGGUUAUCGAAGACUUGUUCCACAGAUUGGCGGAGGCAGAGUGGUACCAGACUCCUUCGAUUCAACAUCUUUUUCUUUGAUUGUUUAUAGGUACAAAUGUGCCAGUCGCGCCACAAUAAGAGAUUCAAAUCUCAUCAUUAGCCAUGCCGGUGCAGGGAACUGCUUGGAGCCUCUGGAAGAAGGGAAGUCCUUGGUGGUGGUAGUAAAUGAAAAGCUGAUGGAUAAUCACCAGUUAGAGCUGGCUAGACAGCUGCACAAAGAAGGGUAUCUUUUCUAUUGCACAUGCAGCACCCUUCUUGAGCUGUUAAAAUCAGAAGACAUCAUCAUUGAAACGUUUUCCUCCUGA